UCACUGGCGCCCGACGCGGUGAGUGCUCGAGAGACAGGAUCACGCGCAAUUGUGCGGGAUCGCGUUACACAUAGGGACGAGUAGUCGUUACACACGGGAAUCUAGACGCAUAGAGAGCAGCAUAGUAGAAGGUAGAGUCGCGCGGGGGCCAGGAACCGGACGGUGGACGAUCCGUCCUCGAGGUUCUACCCCGAAAUCGGUGUCAUGAUCGAGGGAGGUCUGGAGAGUGGACGGUGCGCAAGGAUGGGGCCACUGCUCGUCGAUCUUCGCCACGUGGCUCGGAACCUGUCUCUCUGGAUCGUCGUCCUCUUCAUCCUACGCUGCUGCGACGCCUCGUACGAGAUGCAGGGACCCAGCUUCGUGUCGGAGCCGGCAUCGCGGGUCGAGUUCACGAACGUGAACGGCGGCCGUGUGGACUGCAUAGUCAGAGGAAAUCCGGCGCCGACCGUCGACUGGCUGGCAGCGGACGGCGGCAGCAUAACGAGUAUCCCCGGAAUCAGACACGUCCUUGGCAACGGGACCAUCCACUUUCCUGGCUUCGAGGCGGAGGUGUUCCGGCAGGACGUCCACUGGGCCAUUUAUAAGUGUUCCGCCGUCAACAGCGUCGGCGCCAUCGUUAGCAGAGACGUCACUGUCAGGGCAGUGGUGAACCAGCGCUACGAUCCGGAAGUGCAAUGUCCCGGUGGUUUCCUGGGCAACAACGUGCUUAUGCGUUGCAUCGUGCCCAGCUUCGUUCGCGACCACGUCGCCAUUACGUCUUGGCUUCAGGAGCCGUCCUUCAACAUCUACCCGUCUACAAUGGGAGACGGCAAGUAUCACAUGCUCUCCACUGGCGAACUGAUGAUACUGAACAUAACGCGGGAGGACGCAGGACACAGUUAUCGUUGCAGGACGCACCAUCGUCUGACCCAGGAUACGGUCGUCAGUAGCAACGUCGGGAGACUUCAAUUGACUGAGACACGGAGCUCCAUGCCGCCGAUGAUGAACGAGAAGGUGGUUUAUAUGUCGGUGCGCCUGAAAGACACCAUUGUGAUACCCUGCGUCGCGUACGGCAACCCCACCCCCACCAACAGGUGGUACUACAACAGGAACCAGAGGGAGGAGCCGAUCGAGGAUUCGUCGGGGCAUUACCUGGUGCGAGACGGUUCGUUGAUCGUGCAAGGCGUCCAGGAGAACGACGCCGGCUCGUACAUGUGCACCACCAGCAAUUCCGAGGGCAGCGAAUCCAUGGAAGUGAGGCUAACGGUAUCUGCGCCAUUGAGCGUGCACGUUCAGCCCUCGAUUCAGACCGUCGAUCUUGGAAAAGCCGCUCACUUGACGUGCAGCGCGAGUGGAUUUCCGCAGGCGGCACUCUACUGGCUGAAGGACGGUCAACCAUUGAGAACUGGCGCUCGCAUAAGGGCGGUUACCAGGGAGCGUAUUUCCGUGAUGUCGGUUGCACGUGAGGAUCGCGGCAUGUACCAGUGCUUUGUGAGGAACGAGUAUGAAAUGGCUCAAGGAAUUGCGGAAUUGCGGCUGGGCGAGAUCGCGCCGCAGCUGGUCUACAGGUUUAUCGAGCAGACGAUGCAAACCGGCCCGUCGGUUUCCCUGAAAUGCAGCGCCGCGGGUAAUCCCACGCCGCAAAUUUCCUGGCUGCUGGAUGGAUUUCCGCUUCCGCAAAACGACAGGCUACUGAUUGGCCAGUACGUGACUGUGUACGGGGACGUGAUAUCGCACGUCAACAUCUCGUCGGUGAAGUCCGAAGACGGGGGCGAGUACGAGUGCAUCGCCAGCAGCCGCGCGGGGGAGGCGAGACACUCGGCGAGGCUCAAUAUUUACGGUUUGCCGUACGUCAGAGCCAUGUCCACGAUUUCGGCGGUCGCUGGGAAACGGUUCCACAUCAAAUGCCCGGUAGCUGGCUAUCCCAUUGACUCGAUAAUUUGGGAGAAAGAUGGAGUGAAGCUGCCAACCAACAUGAGACAGAGAGUGGUGAAUGGAAGUCUGUUUAUAGAGACGGUGCAACGAGCCGCCGAUCAGGGCACGUACACGUGCACUGCCAGGAACAAGCAUAAUUUCACCUCGCAACGGACGGUCGAAAUACGGGUCCUAGUGCCACCUAAAAUCACGCCUUUCAGUUUUGCUCGCGAUUUAAACGUAGGGGACCGUACUAGCAUACAGUGCGUGGUCGUGACUGGCGAUCUGCCACUGACGUUCACGUGGCUCAAAGAUAACGUCCCGAUAGAGACGAUCAGGACGCCGCAGGAUGCUCCGUCGUCCAGCCAUAGCCGCGUUCAGGACCCGGCGGGUCCUCGAGACGCGAUUAAGGGGCCCAAGCGGGGCCCCAAGGCCGACGGCCAGGCCGAACAGUCCCCGAGAAAGGCCAUUACCGUCCGACAAUAUGACGCUUUUACCAGCGCCCUGAGCAUUAGCACGAUCGCACCCGCGCACAAUGGCACGUACACCUGUCGCGUGGCCAAUGGCGCAGACACCGUCGCUCAUUCUGCACUCCUUCACGUCAACGUGCCGCCGCGGUGGACGGUGGAACCUAUCGACCAGAACGCCGUUGUAGGUCACGGCGUCUCCAUCGCCUGUCAGGCUGAAGGAUUUCCCAUUCCGACUGUGACUUGGAAGCAAUCGAUCGGCGAAACACCAGGCGACUACAGAGAGCUGGGAUACAGCGGGACCGAGGGAGCCGGGGUUGCAGAGAACGGGUCCUUGGCGAUCCCACGGAUAUCCAGAGAUCACGGCGGGUUCUACCUGUGCCAGGCGAGCAACGGGAUCGGACCAGGGCUAAGCAAGCUCAUUCGGCUAACAGUUCAUGCCGGCCCUCAGGUGUCGGUGAAAACAAGGCAAGAGUCGGUGCGACGAGGCGAGAGCGUGACGCUGCGCUGCGAGGCCGAAGGAGACGAUCCUCUUGAUCUGAGCUGGCGUGCCCGUGACAGCAGAGUCGAUCCCAACUACGAUGUUAGGUACACGAUAGACAACAGGAAGAUGUCGGGACGCGUGAUCUCUGAACUGCGCAUCAUCCAGGCGAGUCACAUAGACCGCGGCGAUUACGUGUGCGUCGCGACGAACGCCUACGGACACGCCAGGGCGACGAUCCACUUGCUGGUCCAGGAGCCACCGAAUUUCCCACGGAAUGUACACGUGACGGAGCAGGGCAGCCGAUCGCUGGUGUUGGCCUGGUCGUCCCCAUCCAGCGAGCAAGAUCCAGCCCACGCAAGCUCGCCCAUCACCAACUACAUCGUCCAGUACAAGGAGGCCCAAGACGUGUGGCAUGAGCACAACACGCAGAAGAUGGUGACAGGGGACAACACGGUCGCGCUGGUGUCGCCCCUGAAACCGGCGACGUCCUACCACUUUCGGGUGCUUGCGGAAAAUCACCUUGGAACAUCAGCGCCAAGCGACAUCCUUCAUGCCCAAACCGACGGUGAGAUCCCUGGAGGCCCUCCUAGGCACGUUGUCGCCGAGCCCCUGGGACCGCAGCAGGUGAAGGUCACCUGGCAACCACCGGAUCGAUCCCUGUGGAACGGAGAACUUCUCGGAUACACCAUCAGCUACGCCAAUCUAGGAGGGAACGAUCAAUCGGUGAACAUCACCAGAGUGGGAAUCACGGGAAACGGGGACGGAUCGUACGAUUACAGUCUAACAGGGCUGCGAAAGUACACCCAGUACAGCGUCGUGGUGAAGGCGUUCAAUAAUAAAGGCGACGGCCCAGGAUCCGACCCGGUGACGGUGCAGACUCUGGAGGACGUUCCAAGUGCUCCACCGCAGAACGUGGCCUGCGCCGCGCUGACUGGGCAGAACAUCCAGGUGACCUGGAAACCGCCGCCUACCGACAAAGUUCACGGGGUCGUGCAGGGUUACAAGUUGCUCUACGAGGCGGCUAGCGCCGUCCUGGAGGAGCAGGCUGGCAGGGAGACCAAGAUCAUCAGCCACGCGUUGAGCACAGUUCUCCAUGGACUCAGUCCGUACACCAAUUACACGGUGCAGGUGCUCGCCUACACUAGGGCUGGGGAUGGCGUCACCAGCAGCCCCGUGUCCUGCACCACCGAGGAAACUGUUCCGGACGCGCCGGACCGUGUGAAGGCUGUGACCAGCAACGAGGACGCGGUGGUGAUAUCCUGGCUACCACCCCGUCGACCGAACGGCGUCCUCACCAAGUAUACCGUUUACAUUCGGGUGUUGGACCAGGGCCAGGAGGUGAAGAUCACUAAGAGCUCGUUGCCUGCGCAGAACUUGCACCACGAGGUGACGGGGCUGAAGCUGCGCGAGUCCUACGAGGCCUGGGUUACGGCCUCCACCAAAGUGGGGCAAGGACCUAGCACUCCGGACAUCAAACUUCAGCUGAGCAAUACAGUUCCAGCAGCCAUAAUAUCGUUCGGAGUGCCGCUCGUGGUGCCGUGGAGGGUGGACGUCAAUAUGGCUUGUCUCGCUGUCGGUAUUCCGCCACCCACGGUGGAAUGGCGUCGCGGCGACAUCAAGCUGCAGCAGAAAUCCGACAUCGGCCCGGACAACGCGCUGACGCUGAGGAACGUACAGAGGACCCACGAGGGCAACUAUUCCUGCCACGUGAAGAAUCCACUCGGCUCGGACAAAAUCGAGUACACCCUGCAAGUUCAAGUGCCGCCAACACCACCGACUUUGCUGGCAACCGGCACUACAACCGACGCCGUGCAGCUUCAAUGGAAACAGGGGGACAAUGGCGGCGCCCCCAUAAGAGGAUUCCUGCUGGCUUAUCGUCGAGAGUUCUCCGAAUGGGAGGAGGUGAUGCUGGAUCGCAAGGCGAGCACGCACCUGCUGGAGGGCUUGCAGUGCGGGACCAGGUACCAGUUCACCUUGGCGGCCUUCAACAGAAUUGGAAGCGGAAGCGCCAGUAAAAUCGAGACAGCGAAGACCAACGGAACGAAGCCUAUUCCUCCCUCGAAGCACCAACUGAUCAAGGUCAACCAGACGAUCGUCAAUCUGGAGCUGGCGGCCUGGCAGGAUGGUGGAUGCCCUUUGUUGUACUUCGUCGUCGAGUACAGACGGCUACCUGGAGAUUGGUUGCUGGUGUCGAACAACGUGCCGCCGCUGUCGAGAUUCCCCAUCAUGAAUCUGGAGAGCGGCACCAAAUACGAGCUUCGCGUGACAGCUUACAACAACGCCGGCUCCACGCAGGCCGAGUAUCUGUUCAGCACGUCGUCGCCAAGCAGCGGCAAUCGAAUGCACGACGAGCAUCCACCGGAAACCGUGGAGACCUCUCUGUUUUUCGACGCGCAUGUGCUCGCGCCCAGCGUGAUAUCGCUUCUGGCCGUGUUCCUGGCGGUGGCUGGCAUCUGCUUCUGCCUGAAAACGCAUGCAGAACGUUCUGGCCGCGCGAACGACCCUAAUUCGCAAACCCAGGCGGCUCUGGAGAACAAGCACAACAUGGAGCAGAGGGAACAGUACUAUGCCACCGUGAGGAAGCCCGGCCAGCAAUCACCCUGUCGCGAGGUGAGCGCGCUGGAAAGAAUUCCCGAAUAUUCAGAAGAUAUUUAUCCGUACGCCACCUUCAAUCUGCCUGAGCAGGAAAACCUCUCGGCGAACCCGAUACGACAGGCAUUCUACUACGAACGCAGCGAAACGAUGCUGCAGGGCAAUCAGUGCGACAUGGACCAAUACACGAAGGUGCGGGGGAGGGCGCGUCGCAAGUCGAAAUCGUUCAAAUCGGAGUCGGAGGAGUACGACACCUUGGGCUCCGACAGCGACACGGAGGUGGGCAACAGCAGUCGCACGGAGUCCUCGAAUCACCUGGACGACUCCGGGCCGGCGUCGAUAAUGACGCGAUCACCCGGACCGAACUCGAUCGUGCAGAGGGAGCAACGACUAGCCCUGGUCCCGAGGCCGGUUCAUCAUAAUGUGCUGUACCACACGCACGAAUCAAGUACAUCAACCGAGCCGUCACCAAUUUCUGAGAGGAAGACCUUCCCGAGGCUCGAGAAGCAAAGGAAUCAUGGAGCAACGCCCGACAUCGGGAUCGACGUUCGCGUGCCGGGUAUCCUGCGACCCGUGAUGAAGCUCUCGGAAUCCGGGAUGCGUUCGUUCUCGAGGGGGGCAUCCCCGAGCCGAACGCCGAGGCCUGGUUCCUGCGACAGGCUGGGAAGGGCGGCGAGCCCCCGGAAAUCCAUGGAGUCCCUGUGCCUGCUGGAGGAGCCAGGUUCCUCCAGGAUGGUGAGAAGAGAAGAGGACUGGGGCAGCGAGCUGUCUACGUUGGAACUGAAGCCACCGACAGGUUUCACAGACGCGCACGAGACCAGCGAAGCCGAGUGCGACAUCGACAUGAAGCUGAAGCUCCACAGGAAGAGGACGGGUUUUCCUUCUAACUCGCUCUCGAAAUCGCCUAAAGACUUCACUAUCACUGUCUAAGUGUUAAUCAAAUUAUUCAGCGCGUACUGCUGAAACGAAGACGCGAAUUAAUAAAAAAAAAAAAAUACAAAUAAAAAAAAAUAAAGAAAACUAAAGUAAAGAUAAACGAAACGAAAUGUUAAAUAAAAACAAGGUAUAUUAAAGCGAAAGGUUAUACACACGAAAACACACACACGCGUAUAACGAACAAAAAGCAACAAAAUACAAUUAUAUAUUAAAGCUGCCAAGCAUGAUGAGUGUUAAUUCAAAAGAAAAAGAGAUACACAUUCUUUCCUCGCCGUAUGAGAUUGUCGGGAUCCCCCAACGCUUCUCUGUGGAUGGAUAACUGUCUUUCCGUGUAACUACCGUCGACGAUCCAUUUACAAUAAAGAGGUAUUUUUGUAAGAAAAAUAUACGAAA